AUGGAACAGAUUGUAAAGAUAAGUACAGAUGAACCUGUCUACUUAGUACAAAAAGUUGAUCAUAUUGACGAGUCCACUUCACAAACGGCAUUAGUAACAGAUGAACAUGAUUUCUGGUCGUCAUUAUCUUAUUCCAACAACAAGCGACGACAGACGAAUAUUUCAAUAUUGCACGAUGCGAGUUUCUUUUGUAAAAAAAAGAUAUCUCGUUUAUAUUUUAACACUCAGUGUUUGCCUAACCAAUCACUUCUGAAAUUAGGUGGUAGGAAAGUGUUGUGUCAAUUUGUUCCAUCUUUGAGGAGAGCACAUGGACCAGGCGCUAUUUUUCCAUUGACUAGUGCUCAACGGCAUCUCUUCUCUGUUGACUAUCAUCAUGAAGGAGGUGCACGUCAUUGGUAUAUUAUUCCUUCUUGUGAAAAAAUAACUCUGCAAACAAUAAUACAUAAGCAAAACUCAUCAAUUUGUCCUGAUCAUGGACAAAUAUUAAUUGAUCCAUCAGUAUUAGACAAAUAUCAUGUUCGUUACCAUCGCAUUAUUCAACAUCCAAACGAAUUUGUAAUACUAUCGGCUGGCACUCUUACACAAAGUUUCACAGAAGAUGCAGGUUGGAGUGAAUCAAUCGAAUUUGCUUUACCUAGUUGGAUUAAAGACGGUCAUGCAAAUGUUUCUGUUUCACCGUGUCAAUGCGGUAUUCCAGUAGAUUCUUUAUCGACAACAACUGAUGUUACUUUAUUUACACAUAAGCUUAUACAAAGAUACAUUACUUCGCAUCUCAAUGUCAUUACUAAUGACAAUAAAUCAGUACCUUUGAACGGUUCACAAUUAUAUCCAUAA